AUGCCGCUUAUUUACUGCAGCGUAUCACAGGGUGCGGUUACUCUCGCGGAAUACGCAGCUUUCUCGGGCAACUUUGGAGCCGUUGCUCGGGAGUAUUUGGACAAGGCGGGGAGCUCCGAGGGCAAAUUCACUUUCACAGUCGAAGGACACACUUUUAACUUUUUAUCUCAGGGCGGCUUCACUUACCUCGCGGUCGCGGAUGAGGCGUACGGCAGGGCCAUUCCCUCGGCGGCUCUGGACAAGAUUGAGGGGGAGUUUCGGAGCAAGUGGUCGGAUAAGAUCCGUGUUGGCGCCUCGAGGGAGGGAGCUCUCAACAACACAUUUGGGAAGCAACUCAAGCAGAUAAUGGAACAUGCGACACAGUACCCCCAAGAAUAUUCUAAAGUGGCUGCCGUACAGUCCAGGGUAAACGAGGUGAAGGGCAUUAUGACAGAUAACAUCGAUAAGGUGAUUGCCCAGGGGGAGAAGCUGCAAGUGCUCACAGACAAGACGGAGAACCUCAUGUUUGAGGCGGACCGGUUUGUGCGCACUGGGCGAUCGCUUCAGCGUAAAAUGUGGAUGCAGAACUGCAAGAUUAAGGUCGUCGUGGCCUUUGCGGUGCUGCUGUUGGGCGUCAUUAUCUUUUUACUGAUUUGUUUUUCCGGUACGAAUUGCCUCAAAAAGCAGCACUGA